CGUCUGCCGCCACGACGUCAGGAGUUAUUUUGCGGAAAGGGUUUCUUCUCAGUGGGCUACUGGGACCAGCAGUACAACGUGUAUCUACUUCUGUUAAUGUGAAGCUGAACUUGUGAACAUCUCGGAUUCUGAUAUUGUUCCUCGUAAAAGCUGUGAAUGUAGUGUUGAAUACCGCGCGCUCAGGUGUGUGUGCUACGAACUAAGCGCAACUCCGGUGUUUCUGCGCGAGCGGGAGCUGACAGCGGGACAUGCAGUGGAAGUGGAGAGGUUAAGGGGGACUUCUUCGCCUCUGCUUUGCUGAUUCCGAUGACUUCUGAGAGCAAACUAUACGUUUUCUUAGAGGAGCUACCACAUAACCUCCAGAACCCCGGGCCUUGUGUGUGAACCCAGCUGGCUCUAGGACCAUGAUGCCCUCUGUGCCGCUUGUGCUGCUGCUGCUGGGCUCGCUGGCCUCUGCUGACCAGUCACAGGCCCCUCGCGUCCUCCUGUCCUUCACAGAGCUACACUCCACUGGAACCAGCCACCAUUUCUCAUACUUGUUGAACACGACGGCGUUCCGCAUCCUGAGGAUGGACGAGGACUAUGACCGCAUGUAUGUGGGCAGCAAGGACUACUUCCUGUCACUGGACCUCCGCGACAUCAACCACGAGCCCCGCAUAAUCCACUGGCCAGUGUCCCAGCAGAGGAAGACGGAGUGUGUCCUCAGCGGGAAGGACGUCAAUGGUGAGUGCGGGAACUUCAUCCGAUUGAUAGAACCGUGGAACCGGACGCACCUCUACAUCUGUGGAACCGGAGCCUACAAUCCCGUCUGCACCUACGUCAACAGAGGCCGCAAACCAGAGAGCAUUGGGCACCUGCUGCAGCCUCAGAUGCGAGGGAGGAGGAGCAGUCGGGCAGCUGAGACCAAUGACAUGUUUGACCAAUCAGCACUGGAGGAGUAUAUUUUUCACCUGGAGCCUGGCAAGGAGGAUUCUGGGAAAGGGAAGUGCUCCUAUGACCCCAAGCUGAAUAGCGUGUCUGCUUUGAUUAACGGCGAGCUCUACGCAGGUGUGUAUGUCGACUUCAUGGGGACGGACUCGGCCAUUUUCCGCACGCUGGGAACACACACUGCCAUGAGGACUGACCAGUACAACUCCCGCUGGCUCAACGAUCCCACGUUUGUUGAUGUGCAGCUCAUCCCGGACAGUGCGGAGAGGAACGAUGACAAGCUCUACUUCUUCUUCCGAGAAAAGGCUUCUGAGCUGGGACAGAGCCCAAAGACCCAAGCCACGAUCGCACGCAUCUGCUUGAAUGACGAUGGUGGUCACUGUUGCCUGGUGAAUAAGUGGAGCACCUUCCUGAAGGCUCGUCUGGUCUGCUCUGUCCCGGGGGCUGAUGGGAUUGAGACACACUUCGAUGAGCUCCGAGAUGUGUACAUCCAGCCAACCCAAGACACCAAAAACCCGGUCAUAUAUGCAGUGUUCGCUGUGUCAGGGUCUGUGUUUAAGGGCUCGGCGGUGUGUGUCUACUCCAUGCCGGACAUCCGCAUGGUCUUCAACGGCCCCUUCGCCCACAAGGAGGGACCCAACUACCAGUGGGCGCCCUUCACUGGCAAGAUCCCCUACCCACGCCCCGGCACGUGUCCAGGGGGCACGUUCACCCCGAACAUGCAGUCCACUAAGGACUACCCUGACGAGGUGAUCAGCUUCAUGCGCGGCCACGCAGCCAUGUUCAACGCUGUGGCCCCAGUGCAGCGCCGCCCCCUGGUGGUCCGCACCGGCGUGGACUACGAGUUCACCACCAUCGCCGUGGACCAGGUCACCGCCACCGACGGAACCUACCAGGUGCUAUUCCUGGGAACCGACAGAGGGACGGUCCAGAAGGUGAUCGUUUUGCCCCGAGACGACCUGCAGACAGAGGAGCUGAUCCUGGAGGAGGUGCAGGUCUUCAAGGUUCCAUCUCCAGUGACAACCAUGAAGAUCUCAUCCAAAAGGCAACAGCUGUACGUGGCGUCGGCGGUGGGCGUGAGCCAGCUGGCACUGCAGCGCUGUGAUGUGUACGGAGAGGCCUGUGCUGACUGCUGUCUGGCCAGAGACCCGUACUGCGCCUGGGACGGCAGCACAUGCUCACGCUACUCCACCACACACAAGAGACGCAGCCGGCGGCAGGAUGUGAAGUACGGCAACCCGAUGCGGCAGUGCCGCGGCUACAACUCCAACGCCAAUAGGAACGCUGUGGAGGCAGUGCAGUACGCGGUGGAGGGCAGCAGCAGCUUCCUGGAGUGUCAGGCGCGCUCACCACAGGCGGCCAUCAGGUGGCACCAUCACCGUGGUAACAGUGACCGCAGGAAGGAGGUGCGGUCCGACGGGCGAGUUCUGAGGCUGGAUCAGGGUUUGCUGUUGCGCUCGCUGCAGCUGGCGGACGCGGGACUCUAUGUGUGCAGCGCCACCGAGAACAACUUCAAGCACGUGCUGGUGCGGCUGCAGCUGGUGGUGCUGGGCAGUGGGGCGGUGAGCGCCGCUCUGGUGGAGAGCGGCCAGACUGCACCCCCCCUGCAACCCCUGGCAGGACAGUACCGCGAUCUGCUGACCAUCCUGAGCCAGCCCGAGAUCGGCCUCAUCAACCAGUACUGCCAGGACUACUGGUCGCUAGGAGACCCGCAGCUGGGCGGAGCCAGGGAGGAGCUGGGAGAGCAGAGGAAACCCAGGAGUCGCCGACAUCAUGGGGGGGAGGGGCCUCACCACCACACACACCCACACGGGGAGGAGUCACACCAUCACCACCCACAUCAUAACUCUGGAGGGGCAGAGGCAGAGGAGUCAUGAGAACUUCAACUGAGAAAGACUCCAGUUACCCAUCAAGCCUAAACAAACAAACAAACAAACAACAUAGAAGUCCACUCAACACUCUCAUGCUCAGUAUUUAUUGUCGGCUGUAUAUAGUAGCAUUUGGUGAGAUUCUUUCUACCACAGUAGAGGCUGUUUGUGUAUAAGUGUCAUAUGGUCAAAUAUUGUUCUUGUUUUUAUCACUGUUGUAAAAAAUGUCAUGUUCAUGGUAUUUUGUAUAAAGUCUUGUGGAGUGAAUAGGUGGGGAAAGUAAAGGGAAUCAGAAAUGGGUAGGAGAAGGAGAGCACGGUGACUCAGAACACUGCUCUGGAACAUCAUGUCAGAACACUGCUCUAGAAUAUCAUGUCAGAUCACUGCUCCGGAACAUCAUCUUAGAACACUGCUCUAGAACAUCAUGUCAGAACACUGCUCCGGAACAGCAUCUCAGAACACAGCGCCGGAACACUGCUCCGGAACAUCAUGUCAGAACACUGCUCCGGAACGCCACUUUAAACCCUCUCUGCUCUGAAAAACCACACUGUGGAACCCUGUAAGCAGAGCAUAUCCCAGGCCUGACAUGACAUUCAGUUCCUUAGCUUCCAUUGUUCUCCUAUCAGUACAACCCCACACACCAGCACAGACGUCUUGUGCCACCACCUAGUCAAUACCUUCCGCUUCUAUUGCUGUCUCCACCACACAAUCCAAUCCAUUGUUUAUGGAAUGCAGAUCAAUUGAAGAUUUCGACACAAAGAUUUCAGGGCAAAUGACCGAUAUGGACCAAUUUGGACGCUCAAGGACGCUCGUGCCCAACACUAAACCUGUGCAUGAGUGGUCAUCUGCCAAUCAGCAUGUGAAACACCAUACAAUAGAUUCUCUCCACUAAACCUUUUAGUGCCUCUCGUACAGAGGUCUGGUAUGUCCAAAAGGCUUCUGUCUUUUCUAAUGUCAUCCUUUGCUUUUGUGCACUGUUGCCGAUGUCUGGGCCUAUUCUGAAGUGCAUCUUUAUUAGGAAGAUAUUGCUAUGCUAAGAUAUUGAUAUGUGUAGUAGUCAUCAGAUGUCGUUAUCCAGAGACAGGGCUGUUACCUUCACUUUCAUCUGGAAACCUAUGUAAAAGUGUGAGUUGUAAAACCAUUAGGGCCCAAUUUAGACUAGUUUAGUCACUCCUCAAUUUAGACUAGUUUAGUUAAGUUACUCCUCAAUUUAGACUAGUUUAGAACCUCCUAAAUUUAGACUAGUUUAGUUUAGUCACUCCUCAAUUUGGACUAGUUUAGUCACUCCUCAAUUUAGACUAGUUUAGUCACUCCUAGUUUAGUCACUCCUCAAUUUAGACUAGUUUAGUCACUCCUCAAUUUGGACUAGUUUAGUCACUCCUCAAUUUAGACUACCGUAUUUUCCGGACUAUAAGUCGCUCCUGAGUAUAAGUCGCAUCAGUCAAAAAAUGCGUCAUGAGCAGGAAAAAAACAUAUAUAAGUUGCACCAGACUAUAUAA